AUGGUCCGCAAGCUCAAGUACCACGAGCAGAAACUCCUCCGCAAGACCGACUUCAUCACAUACAAAUCCGACAAUGACCACCGCGACAAGGCCGUCAUCCCCCAUCGUCUGUCGCUGCUACCCGCCGAAAGCGCCACGCGCCGCAAGCACGAGGAGCUCCUCCUCAACAAGCUCUACGACAUGGGCAUCCUGUCCAGCAAGUCGAAGCUUUCUGCCGUCGAGAACAGCGUCACUGUCAGUGCCUUUGCGAGGAGGCGGCUUCCUGUUGUGAUGACGCGGCUGCGCAUGGCGGAGACGGUGCAGGCGGCCACCAAGAUGAUUGAGCAGGGCCACGUGCGUGUGGGCGUCGAGACGGUGACAGACCCGGCGUAUUUGGUGACGAGGUCGACCGAGGACUUUGUGACGUGGUCUGUGGGCAGUAAAAUCAAGAGGAACAUCAUGAAGUACAGGGACCAGUUGGAUGAUUUCGAGCUGCUGUAG